GGGAGGCGGAGGGGCGGGCGGCACGGGACGACGGGACAAGGACAAGGUUAUGUUUUGCACGUCAAGUCUGGCUUGUUGAUUCUUUCGGUGGGUUUUGUUGUAGUGUUCCUUCGUACUAGUCAGGCAAGAAAUGCUUGUCUCUAGAAUAAGUCGUCUAUCAACGUAUUUCACUAAACAUCAGAAGACGCGUGUCCCCUGUGCUGCGUCAAGAUGUAUUCGUUAUCUACAAACCUCACCCAACUCGUACCACGGAGAAUACGAAUACGAGGACCCGAAAUCCGAAGAAGAAGUUGUACAUGUCACGUAUAUAGACAAAAAUGGCAAUGCAUCUCGCAUAAGGGGGAAAGUGGGAGACAAUGUGUUGUACCUCGCCCAUCGUCAUGACAUUGAAAUGGAAGGUGCUUGCGAGGCUUCCUUGGCUUGCACCACUUGCCAUGUUUACGUUGAAAGUGAUCAUGUUGAUAUCCUCCCUGAAGCUGAUGACAAAGAAAAUGACUUACUUGACAUGGCACCCUUUCUCAGAGAAAAUUCGAGACUUGGUUGUCAAAUUAUUCUCACCAAAGAGUUAGAAGGCAUUCAAUUGCGUCUUCCUCAAGCCACUCGAAACUUUUAUGUUGAUGGACACAAGCCGAAGCCUCAUUGAAGAUUGUUGAAGUUGUAUGAUUAAAAUGAGAUGACAACUUGUAAUAACAUUGUUUGUAUUUUAUAUCUUUUGUCAAAAUUCUCACAUUUUGGAAGUGACCGUAUAGUCCAGUCCCCAGGAUUGUGACAAACAAAGUAGAACAUCUAGUUAAUGUUAGCAAUGUUCAUAUAAAUUAAUUUUGUUUCUAUUUUUUUAUGUUGUCUUUAACAAAGUAGCACUCCUGUCAGCUCUAUUACAUCGUUGUUUCGAUCCGACUAUUUCAAUAAAGGCUUGGAACUUGUCCUCCUUAA